AUGUCUUCAUCAGACAGUUCAGAAGAAGAUGUAUAUGAAAACUCUGCUGCUCGUUACUUAGCCUUGAAGGCUAAGUGCAAAAAAAAUUUUUGUGACACUGAUGACAGUUUGCUGGAUGAUUCUAUCGACAUAGACUCACCAAAAAAAAAUGAAGACCCAAAGAAUAAAAAGUCGAAAAGUGCAGAAGAAGAAAAAGAGCCCAGUCCUGAGAAACCAAGUUCUCCAGCUCCAGUUCAGGAUACUAUUGUUGUCGAUGACAUUCCAUCAAAACCAAACAGUCCAUCGCCAUUGAUUGAUCCGAUAGUCAUUAUUGAUGACACUCCACCUCCUAGAUCAAUGCGCCGAGCAGCAAAACGUUCUGGGCCAGUUACAAGAUCAAGAGCCAGAAAUAGUUUUGAAACAGAGCUGCCGAUUCAACCAGACUUGCCUACUAUUGUAUUAGACCCGGAUGAUUCGUGUACGUCGAUUAAUGACAGUAUUGUAAGCCCAUGUUCUGUUCGAAAAAAUAAUUAUUAUGAUGAUAUAAUAUUCAGUGAUGUUCAGGAUGAUGAAACAUCUAUUGAAGUAAAAAUUCGAUGGACAUCUCGAGAUGUUAAGCGGUUUCAACUUAGCAAAGAUGAAAAUUUUUCCAAAAUUUUUGGAUAUUUUGCUAAUUUCGCCAAAGUAUCAGAGAGCCAAAUAUUGAUAACUCGUGGGGAUGAUAUCGUUAUGCCUUCAGAUACUCCAUCGUCAAUUAAUUUAAAAAUAAUUAAUAUUCUUGAAGGUGGGAUCAUAGACAAAAACAUGGCGGAUAAUGUAGUUAGCGAGAAGGUAACGGAGCCGGUUUGUAAAAUAAAAAUCCAAACUGGAGCGAAAAAAGGUCUUUCAUUCGACCUGAAACCCACCGAGCCUUUCCAAAAAUUGUUCGAGUACUGCGCGGAGCAAAAUAACGUCAGCGUGUCCAAAGUAAAAUGUUUCUUCGACGGCGACGUAAUUGAGCCGACCGACACUCCGGAGGCCUUGGACAUGGAAGAUCAAGCUUGUAUUGACCUCAAAAUAAUUACAUAA